AUGUGUCACAUUGUGAUUGCGACCUUCUCCUCCCUCACCGUCUCUCUCUCUCUCUCUCUCUCUCUCUCUCUCUCUCUCUCAAGCUCGAGUCCUCUCAUCUCUCACUGUGGCUCAUUGCUCUCGCACCAAGCUCGCUCCCUCUCUCGGCUCCAGUCUCUAACUGUCUGGUGUCGCACUCAAAUCGUCGUCGCUCUCUUGGCUCCGGUCUCUAUCACGGUCUCUGGUCUCGCACUCAGUCGCGCUCGCGCGCCUUCCCUACCCUCGUUGUCGCCGGAGGCAGAAGCAGCAGGUCCUGGGACUGGUCAUCUUCGUCGUACCAUGUCUCGUCACCGUCUCGCAGUCAGUCCCGCACCUUCGUUGCGCUCGUCGUUGCCGGAGGCAGAAGCAACAGGUCCCGGGGAUUCCUCCUUGCCGCCAGCUUCCUUCGCACAACCAGAAGCUGGUCCCAAUUUGGCGCUUCAAUUGAACUUUUUGGUUGGUGGAGUUAACUCAGAUUUGAUAAUAUGAUAUGUUAUGGCACUGCAAUGCAAGGCUUCUGGGAAGGAUUACCAAUGAUGCUGUACUUUUAGCCGUUCUGAUUUUAUUAGUUCCACACCCUGCUCCCUUCUUUUAUCACUUUGUGUCCUUUUUUCUUUGUGUAGCAUUUUGAUUUGGCAGUGUUAUUACU